AUGAGUGGCAAUAGGUGUGGUUCUUGCCGCUGGACAUCCUUACCCCUUCUUCGACCAGCGGACGGUUGUGGAUGCUACAACCGCUGCUGGGAGGCCGCGGCUACAGAUGAAGCAGAUGCGAUUCUCCACCUCCUGGAGCUCAGUUGUGAGCAGUUGAAGGCGGGUGGUGAAUCAUCGGAGGCGUGGUCAUGUGUCGAGAAGCUUGGGAAGAACCCCAACCUGUGGUGUGGAGCUCAGGACCUGAGAUUGGCUGGCCUGGAGUUGUUCAUGAUGUGCACGGCCAAGGACAGCCAGAGCGACUUGUCGGGCCUUACAAUGGCAGCCCAGCUCCUGAAGCGAAUGGCUGAACUUCAACGACCGGUGGAAGAUCUCCGGCGGCUCCUGUGCCACGCCGCUUCUGUCAGUGCCGCCUGCGGCGCCACGCUGCGCCAGGCCUUCACCGACGAGCGCCCAACGCUGCACGCGCUGAGGCAGCUGCUGGCCACGGCCUGGAGCAAAGGUCAGGAAUUUGGUGAAAGUCUUCAGUGGACCUCUGCCGCUUUGAUGUUCGAAGCUGGACAUCAGAUCUUGGAGAUCCUGGAGACAGUCGAUCCGACAGCAGAAGGUGUUGAUUCCGCAAGGGUGCGUGACUUCAUGGACGUCCGCAUCUGGUUCUUGGUGAUGGAUGCAUCAGCCAGAGUGCAGCAGGCAUGGGCCCUUUGCAUCCCCUUGGCAGAGGAGACUCUUGUUGACCGAUAUUCUCAUGCCCUGGAUGGAGAACUGCAGGCAAAAGACCCGAACGAUCCUGAAAGCCUGCGCUAUGCGUUGACGUGUUUGCAGAACGCGCACAGGCUUCGACGCCAGUCGCAAGAACUUCAAGCAAAGGGGAUCCAAGGGCAGGUGCCAUGCUCAAGCAGUACGUGGUGCCAGCGGCGCUUUUUGAUCAUGGUCCUUUUGGAGUUUGAGGUGAGAUGCCUACUGGGAGACACUUGGCACAACCGUAAUCCACGAUUGAAAGAAGCGUCGAUGGUGGGCCUAUGUGGGUCAUGA